CUAUCAACAACGAGUCAUUAUUGCUAUCCUGAGUAAAGGACCUUUUCUCCAUGCACAUAGAACGGAUCUCCGUCUUACGCUGUGGCAAAGGAGACCACGACUGAACAGCCUACAUAAUGAUAACGGUUACUGCUGCUGAUAAGGAUUCGUCACCGGAGCCGAAGAUAGAACCGACCGACGAAGACUUAUUGGAGGACGUCGAGAUCGGCAAUUAGUCUUGAGUGUUUUCCAGUCGGUAGUGGACGUGUGCGUGGAGUGUUCCUAACAAAAAGCGUUCCCUUUACGAAGGAUAUCAACUGUGGUCGGUGUUGCGGGAAUCUAGAGAUCAGAAUGGACGAAUUUGCCCUGUGUUGGAACAACUUCGCCGACAAUAUUGCCAGCGGGUUCCAGAAUCUGUACGACCGGGGCGAUUUGGUCGAUGUGACCAUCGCUUGCGAUGGGAAGCUGCUGAAGGCGCACAAGAUUGUGCUGGCCAUCUGCAGCCCGUACUUCCAGGAGAUGUUCAUGAGCAAUCCGUGCAAGCAUCCGAUCGUGGUCCUCAAAGACGUCUCCGUCAACGUGAUGCAAGAGCUGCUCCAGUUCAUGUACCAGGGCGAGGUCAACGUCAAACACUCCGAGCUGCAGUGCUUCAUGAAAAUCGCCGAAACCCUCCAGAUCAAAGGUCUGACCGCUUCCCACAAAAACGACCGUAGCCCAACGCCAUCUGCGGGGCUCACACCGAUCCUGGCCCACCGGUCAUCCAGCACUAGUCAGCUGGAUCCGUCCAAACUGAACUCCUACCUGACCGCAGCGGCCAAGGAAAACCUUAAACGAGCGGCGGAAGCCACUCCGGAGGCGUUUAUCGGCGGCUACCCCAUCAAAGCCACAAAACGCUCUAGCGAUAGUAUAGACCAGGACAGCAACUCCGACUGCAUGGACAAUCUCAGCUCGGAUGAGGCCUUCAUCCCUGCAUCGCCGCAAAUCUCCAUGAUCGAACAAUCGUCCUCCACGGCCACACCCUCGGCCCGUCAGUUUGACCUGGCGAAUGUCAAACGGGAAACGGGCGCGGAAGGUCUAUCUUCCCCACAGCAAAGCCCCACAAACUUGGCAACUUCGGCGGCGGCCAUGGGAGCGGCUGCUGCCGCGGCGGCUGCAAUGAAACUGGGGUUUUCCAGUACGCCGACUUCGGCCUCGGCCGCGUUGCAUCCCAUGUUCGGAGGGUUCGAUCACACCAAUAGCAGUUUUAGCGGCAUUGCGACCAGUUUGGCGUCGAUCAGCGGCAAUGGCAGCAAUAGUGGGCCGGUUUCGGUGGCCGCAGGUGCCACAGGAGCUGGACCUGGCGCAGGGGCGCUGAAACUGACAUCGAUGGACUAUUCGGGAGACUACGGCUCGGAUUAUGGCAAGGGCGGAGUGCCUCCCGGGCACAUGGACAUUCCGGCGGUAGCCCCCGGCGAAAAGUGGUUCCAGGGCCGGCUGCAGUUCAUGUUGAGCCAGCGGGGCAAGCCGCUGCUGGUGCACGACGGCCACUCCUUCGGCAUCCAGUACAUCCGCAAGGACAAAAAGUACUGGCAGUGCAACCUGUCGCGCAAGUACAACUGCAAGGCGCGCGUCACCACGACGGACACCGGCGACAUCAUCGUGACCAACAACGAACACUGCCACACGGAAAUCCGGCAGCACUUACGCAAGGACUACAAAUCGAUGAAGCAGCUGAACGCCAGUCUGGCAGCACUUCGCGCUCGGCAUCACGACGUGCUCAAUCUGGGCCUGGUAAACGUUGGCGGAACUUCCAUCACGGACAUGAGCAGCUUGACCAGCAAUAGCAGCAAUUCGACGCUCGGAUUGAACAAUAACGGUGCCAUAGGGGGCGCCCUUUCGGCAAUGGUAUCUUCCCAGCAAUCCUCCCAGCAGCAACAGGAACAGGAAACUAGUCUCAACUUGUCCACCAACUCGGGCAACUGGCAGCUCAAGAAGGAACCGACGCCGAGCAAUAACGAGUAAGUAAAGCAACUAUAGCAAUCACGUAAACCAAAGUUUUGAAGGACUCAAACUUCAAACUUCAAACUCUUAUUUAGAUGGUAGGACCUUUGUUAUUUUGUUAGGAAAUUUAUAUAAGUGUUCAAAUAGUUAGUAUGAACUCAAUCAUGACCAAAGUUUUUUUUAUACAGAUUAUAAAUGUACUUAGGGUAGGUCUAAACUUCCUAUGGUUGCUCAAUAGUAGUUAAGGUUAGAAAUAUUUCUAGUUUUUUUUUGUGUAGAAUUUUUCAUUCUUGCCAUUCAACUCUGAAAAAAGUGCCUUUUUUUGACAGCAAUUCAAAUUAACGACAUGAACAGACAAUUUAUCUGCAGUUAACAGUGCUUUUGAGAUAGUUUUUAGUUUCUGUUGGAUGUUAUUUUAGUUUUGUUGCAUUUUGAAACAAAUUGAGUUUGAUUUUACA